AUGGCAUCAGUGAAGCUGGAAGACUGCAGUCAAACACUGGAGCUGAAUGUCAACAUUAAAGAUGAAGAAGAGGAGGAGAAGAUUAGGACAACUGUUAGUCAUGGAGACCAUCUGGAGACAUUCUCUACAUCCAGGGAGCAACAGCAGGAAGAUCAGAGAGCUAAGAGGUCUCAUCACUGCCCACAUUGUGAAGAGAUUUUCCCAUUUCUAUCAAAGCUAAAAAUACACCUAAAAAUACACACAGGAGAGAAGCCAUACUCCUGCUCAGACUGUGGAAAAUGCUUCAAAACAUCAACGGUGCUAAAACGUCAUCAGAGAACACACACAGGAGAGAAGCCUUAUUCCUGCUCUGACUGUGGAAAAUGUUUUAAAUCAUCAAAUGAGCUAAAAGCUCACCAGAGAACACACACAGGAGAGAAGCCUUACGUCUGCUCUGACUGUGGAACAAGUUUCUCUCAACUUUCCCACUUAAAAUCACAUGAACGUAUACAUACAGGUGAAAAGCCUUACAUCUGCUCUGACUGUGGAUUGAGAUUCUCUCGUCUGGGCACCUUAAAAACACACCAACGUAUACACACAGGAGAGAAGCCUUACUCCUGCACUGACUGUGGAAAAUACUUCACAACGUCAACUGAUCUAAAAGUUCAUCAGAGAACACACACAGGAGAGAAGCCUUACUCCUGCUCUGACUGUGGAAAAUGUUUUAAAACAUCAAAAGAGGUAAAAGUUCAUCAGAGAACACACACAGGAGAGAAGCCUUACUCCUGCUCUGACUGUGGAAAAUGCUUCACAACAUCAACUGAUCUAAAAUUUCAUCAGAAAACACACACAGGAGAGAAGCCUUAUUCCUGCUCUGACUGUGGAAAAGGUUUUAAAACAUCAAAUAAGCUUAAAGUUCACCAGAGAAUACACACAGGAGAGAAGCCUUACGUCUGCUCUGACUGUGGAACUAGUUUCUCGCAACUUUCCAACUUAAAAUCACAUGAACGUAUACAUACAGGGGAGAAGCCAUACUCCUGCUCUGACUGUGGAAAAUGCUUCAAAACAUCAACUGUGCUAACAGUUCAUCAGAGACCAGACACAGGAGGGAAGCCUUAUUCCUGCUCUGACUGUGGAAAAAGUUUUAAAACAUCAAAUAAGCUUAAAGUUCACCAGAGAACACACACAGGAGAGAAGCCUUACGUCUGCUCUGACUGUGGAACUAGUUUCUCGCAACUUUCCAACUUAAAAUCACAUGAACGUAUACAUACAGGGGAGAAGCCAUACUCCUGCUCUGACUGUGGAAAAUGCUUCAAAACAUCAAUUUUGCUAACAGUUCAUCAGAGAACACACACAGGAGAGAAGCCUUAUUACUGCUCUGACUGUGUAAAUGCUUCACAACAUCAACUAAGCUAAAAGUUCAUCGGAGAACAUGUACAGGAGAAAAGCCUUACACCUGUUCUGACUGUGGGGUGAGUUUCUCUCGACUGGAUACCUUAAACACACACCAACAUAUACAUAAAGGAGAGAAGCCAUACUCCUGCUCUGUUUGUGUAAAAUGCUUCAAAACAGCAACCGAGCUAAUAGUUCAUCAGAGAACACGCAUGAGAGAAGCCUGCUUACGUCUGCUCUGACUUUUGGGUGAGUUUCUCUCACCAUAGCAACUUAACACACCAAUGUAGUCACACAGGAGAGAAGUCUUACUCCUGCUCUGUGGAAGGGUGGGUGUGUAACUCAAACUUCUAGCCAAAGGCUGCUGUGUUUAGAAUCUCAUCAAGGAGGACUGUAGCAUUUUAGCUAAUCAGCAACUUUGCAACUACUUACUACUUUUUAGCUAUUACUUAGCAUGUUAGCUUAGCAUGCAACUACUUAGUAUGUUAGGUAACCUUUCCCCUAAAACCAUUUAACCCCUCACCCCUAACCUAGCUAACGUUAGCAACAACAAAUUGGAAUUCGUAACAUAUUGUAUGGAUAGCAAUGCGUAGAAUAACAUAAGAAUUGUAAUUCGUAACAUACGAUACAAGUCAUAUUAUACUGAACCACAAUCUAAAUGCAACAAUUUCAAAGAUUUAUAGUUCGUAUAAGGAAAUCAGUCAUUUUAAAUAAAUGAGGCCAUAAUCUAUGGAUAUCACAUGACUGGGCAGGGGCUCAGCCAUGGGUGGGACUUGGGAGGGCAUAGGCCCACUUGGGAGCCAGGCCCAUUCAAUCGGCAUGAGUUUUUCCCCAUAAAAGGUCUUGAUUUCAGACAGAAAUACUACUCAGCCCCCUCCCAGACAAUCCUGCAGGUGAAGAGGUCCUGGGCUGCCGUGGUUACAUGUGAUCUGCAGUUGUGAGGCCAGUUGGAUGUACUGCCAAAUUCUCUAAAAGGACGUUAGAGGUGGCUUAUGGUAGAGAUAUACAUAUUGAAUUCUCUCCUGCAGUCAUCAUGACAAUUGCACAUUCCCUGAACUUGGGAUAUAUGUGACAUUGUGUUGUGUGGCCUUUUAUUGUCCCCCAGCACAACAUUUACAUUUACAUUUAAGUCAUUUAGCAGACGCUCUUAUCCAGAGCGACUUACAAAUUGGUGAAUUCACCUUCUGACAUCAGUGGAACAGCCACUUUACAAUA